UAAACCGUCUCUGAUUCCCAUUCCCCGCGCACAGAAAACCCUACAAUGGCGGCGUCCGUCGGAAACCGCCAAUUCCGCCGCCUCGACCACUCCGGCAUCCCCCGCCCAAUCAAGCCUGGUCCGCCCGCCGGCGGCCGCUCCGAUGCCCCAGCUCGAGCCAACAGUUUCCCCCAAUCUGCCGACGCAAACAAAACCCCAAUCGAUGCUUCGAUCGGCGCCAAUGCCGUCGCCGGAGAUUACUCUUCCAGCGACGACGACGACGACGGCGGCGGAAUAACUGAUUACUUAUCCGCGGCGAGGAAGGCCAGCGCCGAGCUCGAACCGUCGGUCCAAGACUCACGUGACGAGCACACCGCCGACAAUUGGGUGGCGCGCAACCCUUCCAUGGUCCGCCUCACCGGAAAACACCCCUUCAACGCGGAGGCGCCGCUCCGGCGGCUUAUGCACCACGGAUUCAUCACGCCGGUUCCCCUCCACUACGUCCGUAACCACGGACCGGUCCCGACCGCGGCCUGGGAGGACUGGACCGUCGAGGUAACCGGUCUUGUAAGACACCCGGCCCGGUUCACCAUGGACCAGCUCGUAGCCGAUUUCAAGCCCAGGGAACUCCCCGUAACCCUCGUCUGCUGCGGCAACCGCCGGAAAGAGCAGAACUUGGUCAAAAAGACGAUCGGAUUCAACUGGGGCGCCGCCGGCGUCUCGACGUCGGUGUGGCGGGGGGUCCGACUGCGCGACGUGCUGAAGAGGUGCGGGAUUAUGAGCUCGCGGCGGGGAGCUUUAAACGUGUGCUUCGAGGGGGCGGAGGACCUCCCUGGCGCCGGCGCCGGAUGGGGAUCGAAGUACGGGACGAGCUUGCGGAAGGAGGUGGCGAUGGAUCCAUCGAGGGAUAUUAUUAUUGCGUAUAUGCAGAACGGUGAGAGGUUAGCGCCGGACCACGGUUUUCCGGCGAGGAUGGUGAUUCCGGGGUUCAUUGGCGGGAGGAUGGUGAAGUGGUUGGAGAGGAUUGUGGUGACGACGGAGGAAUCGGAUAAUUAUUACCAUUUUAGGGAUAAUAAGGUUCUUCCUUCUCACGUCGACGCCGAAUUGGCGAAUGCUGAAGGUUGGUGGUACAAGCCUGAGUUCAUAGUUAACGAGUUGAACAUUAACUCGGUCGUUACGACGCCUUUUCAUGACGAGAUCUUGCCGAUUAACUCGGCCACAACUCAGUCGCCUUACACUAUGCGCGGCUACGCCUAUUCAGGCGGCGGGAAGAAGGUGACGAGAGUGGAGGUGACGAUGGACGGCGGGAACACGUGGCAGGUGUGCACCCUGGACCACCCGGAGAAGCCCAAUAAGUACGGCAAAUACUGGUGCUGGUGCUUCUGGUCCCUCGAUGUUGAGGUCCUGGACCUCCUCGCCUCCAAGGAGAUUGCCGUCCGUGCUUGGGAUGAAACCCUCAACACCCAGCCGGAGAAGCUCCUCUGGAAUCUCAUGGGAAUGAUGAACAAUUGUUGGUUUAGAGUGAAAAUGAAUGUGUGCAGGCCACAAAAGGGGGAGAUCGGAAUCAUAUUCGAACAUCCUACGCAGCCGGGAAACGAACCCGGCGGGUGGAUGGCCAAGGAGCGCUCCGCCGCCGGCGACGGCGACGCCACCUUGAAGAAGAGCGUCUCCUCGCCCUUCAUCAACACCACCGCCGACAAAAUGUUCUCCAUGUCGGAAAUCAGGCGCCACAAUUCGCCGGAUUCCGCCUGGAUUAUCGUCCACGGCCAUGUCUACGACUGCACGCGCUUCCUCAAGGAUCACCCCGGCGGCAGCGACAGCAUUCUCAUCAACGCCGGCACCGACUGCACGGAGGAAUUCGACGCCAUACAUUCCGACAAGGCGAAGAGGAUGCUCGAGGAUUACCGGAUCGGAGAGCUGAUCAAAACCGGCUACGCCUCGUCGGAUUCGUCGCCGAAUAAUUCCGUCCACGGCCGUUCGAGUGUUCUCCAAAUUCUGGCGCCGAUCAAAGAGACUCCGCCGGCGCCGGCGAGGAGCGUCGCGCUUGUUUCUCGCCGGAAAAUUCCUUGCAAGCUCGUCGGCAAAACCUCGCUCUCACACGAUGUCAGGUUGCUCCGAUUCGCGCUUCCGAGCGACGAUCAGGUCCUCGGGUUACCCGUCGGAAAACACAUAUUCUUAUCCGCCAUUAUCGGCGACAAGCUCUGUAUGCGAGCGUACACGCCGACGACCGGCGCCGACUGCGUCGGCUACUUCGAGCUCGUAAUUAAAGUCUACUUCAAAGGCGUCCAUCCCAAAUUCCCCAACGGCGGAUUGAUGUCUCAGCACCUCGAUUCCAUGGAAAUCGGAUCGUAUCUCGACGUGAAAGGUCCCCUCGGCCACAUCGAGUAUUCCGGAAAGGGAAAUUUCACCGUCGACGGCGGCAAGCACAAAUUCGCAAAAAAGCUUGCGAUGAUCGCCGGCGGCACCGGCAUCACGCCGAUCUACCAGGUGAUGCAGGCGGUUCUGAAGGAUCCGGAGGACGAAACCGAGAUGUACGUCGUUUAUGCGAAUCGGACGGAGGAGGACAUUCUCCUCAGGGAGGAGCUGGACGAUUGGGCGGCGAAUUUUCCGGCGAGGGUUAAAGUUUGGUAUGUGAUCGAGAAGAGUGUGAAGGAAGAAGAAUGGAAGUAUAGCUUGGGAUUUAUAACGGAGAAUGUGCUGAGAGAGCAUAUUCCGGCGUGUGCGUCGCCGGAAACUGCCCUGGCGCUCGCCUGCGGGCCGCCGCCGAUGUUGCAGUUCGCUGUGAACCCUAAUUUGGAGAAGAUGGGGUACGACAUUCAAGGGUCGUUAUUGGUUUUUUAAAUAUUUAAAUUAGGUCCACAUAAUAUUUAUAUUGGUUUUUAUUUGUACAUAUAUAAAUUAUAAUCGUA